UUUUUAUUUUUUAAAGUAUAAAAUAUGUGCCAAGAUACAAGUAACAUGAGUGAGUUGUAAGUAAGGGAUGGGACAAAAGAAAACAGUAGUAGUAGGAGUUAUACACUUCAGUCUCCUUCACACUAUUUUUUUCCCUUUGGUCAGAAGUCUACCUUUCUUCUCUUCCUCACCAAACCAGAAAUCUCAGAUCCUCUCUCCGCCCACAACAAUGGCGACGCCUCCAGCCUACUCCAAGAAAUCCCACUUCACACCUCCCCACCGGAAGAAAACAAGUAAGUCAUCUCGCUCAAACUCCCUCGGCAAAUCUCUGAUUGUCAUUCUUGUUCUUGUAAUUAUCCCACUGUUCCCUUCCCAAGCUCCCGACUUUAUCAGACAAAAAAGCAUCUUUCCCGAGCUCUGGGAGCUCUUGCACCUCAUGUUCAUCGGCGUUGCCGUGUGCUAUGGUCUGUUUAGCAAGAGAAGUCCCACAGUGGAUUUAGAAACCCACCCAAGAUUUGAUGGCUCACAUGCUUAUCUGUCUGGGAUUUCUAAUGUGUCCUCAAUUUUUGAUAAUGGGCAUGAGAAUCUGUAUGGGUCUUAUGGGAAAAUUGGCAUGCCUGAGAGUAGUAGGGGUUUUCAGAACUUGGAAGAUGAAUAUGUGGGUAAAGGAAACUCUGAACUAGAUGGAGAUGAGAGGUGCAGAUCUUUUGUGAUUAGAAAUGAGUGUCAGGGUAGGAAGUUCUCUCAGACUUUGAUGAAUUCUCAGCAUUUUAUAGGUGAAUCCACGGUCGUCGUAGCUAAUCGAUAUCAUAGGACUAACCCUCUCUCGUUUGUUGAUAAUAAGCCCUUGGGGUUGCCAGUUAGGAGCUUGAGAUCAAGAGUAGCUGACACUGAUAAGCCUGAUAUCGAUAGCCAUAGCGAAGUUGAGAAAACCAGAAUUCUUUCUGGUUCUGCAGGUGCUUCUUAUAGGGGUAAUGAUAGUAAUGUGUCAGAGACCGAGUUUGAGGAGGCUGCUGCAAAUUUGCUGCAGGGCUCGAGACCAAGGAGGAGGGAGUUGGGAGAAGAAACGAGGAGAGUUGAUAAGCCUAGUUCACAGUAUUGUAGGUCUCAAUCUGCUUCAGAAUUUGAGUUUAGGCAGUUUAGGCACUUUAGAUCCACAUCGUUUCAGCAGCCACCAUCUUCUCGAAGUAGUUCCAAGACUUGUUCACCGGGUACAAGCACACCCCCGUCCUCUCCCUCUCGAGAACAGCACCCAAACUUCGAGGGAAAGAUGGAUCUUGAGGAGGAAUUCCCAGUCUCGAUUUCACAGCCAACAGAGAUUUCGGUGCAUGGAGAUGUGGCAGCAGAAUCUAGCACCGGGUCUUCAGCAGAGAUGAAUAUGCAGAUGGAAGAUGAGUUCGAUGAGGGUUUGGGCAGAGAAGAAGUGAUGAGCUAUGCUAAACCUCCUUCGCAUUCUAUUGGAGAAUCUGAGCAUGAGUAUAUUAAAUCUUGGUCAUUCUGGCAUCCAACGCCUUCUGAAACCAAUUCCAAAUCGUCUUCUCCCGAACUGCCAAAUAUCGAAAUGCAUGAUCAUCAGGAGAACAAGGACGUUGGGGCUCAAUCUAUUUCGGUUUCACAUCCAAUAAAUGGAGUAGCAAAGUCUAUCUCUUCAAGGAAUCAAUGGCCUUCUUCGACCGAGAUGAAUCCACAGAGACCCUCGAGAGAUAUUCACAAAGAUGUUGGCAAGGAUGUCAAAAGAAUUGGCCCUUUGGACUCACGUGUAAAACCAUCACCUUCACCCCGUCCUAAAGUUUUGCUAAGGGGAAAAUCAGUGAGGACGAUUAGAGCUAGUAGACUCGAGGAUGAUCUAAGCUCAAAUGACAGUGCUUCUGUUAAAAGCAGAAGUCAUUGCAGUCCAGUUGAAUCAUUUUCAUCAGUGAAAAGCGUAAAUGGCCCUAUAAACACCGGGAAAGGUGACACCGUUCCAAACUCAGCUUUUUAUCCAAAACAGAACGGGGGAAAAGAGGCCUCGGUUAUUGGUGACAUUUUGGAGUCAAGAGAUGAUUCAGUCAGUGUGCUGAAUAACUCGGAUGUGAGUUCAGAUGACGAAAAAUCUAGUUCUUACCUCGUUGAUGAUGUUGAACUAGGAAGUGAGGUUGAUAGAAAAGCCGGUGAGUUCAUAGCAAAGUUUAGAGAGCAAAUCAGGCUUCAGAAGGUUGAAUCAUUUCGACGAUCCACCACCUGAUAGAUCAUUUAUCAGAAAGGUAUGUGACUAUGUGUAUUAUAAAGCGCCAUUGCCGGGGAACUGAAUAGAAAUCUGGUCUCCAUCUCACCAAGACAAUGUAUUCUUUUAUGCUCUGUACAUCUCUUAUUUGUAGUACUUGACUUGGAUACAACUCAUACAAGAACCUUUACAUGGGAAAUAUAUAUAUAGGCUCUAUUUCUUUCA